GAGCCUCCCCCCGCAUCCCUAGGAAGGGUGGUCAUGGAUGCUGUUGAACUGGCCUCAAGGGGAUUGAUUUCUGCCCCCGUGCACCCCACAGUCCAGUCCGUCUCCCUCGGCUUGGCUCGGUGCCCCCACCCCAGGAGAGGGGUGUGGAAAAAAGCAGCCACAGAGCCCAUGGAUCUCAGAACAUCGAGGACAAGGUGAGCAGCAUCGUCGCUGGGCAUCUAGGGAAACACAUGACACCUGCAGCCUUUGAAGGUUCCUAGACUCUUAGAGCUGGAGGAGACGUCGGGCAGUCAGCUGCUGUGCCAGGAGGAGCUACAGCCACAUCACCCUCAGGGAGAGAGCGGCAUUAUCCUUAGGCUGAAAGAUCUUCAGAGGAAAGACUGUAACCUUCCUGGCCAACCACCAUGUUCUGCCUGCUCUACCACACGGCAUGCUGACCAUGAGCAUCAACUCCUCUCUCAGCCAAGGGAAGGAACUGGCCAACCUCCCAAGCCCAGAGGGAGAUGACGGGGCAGUCACCAUCACUGAGUCUGUUGCCAUCAUCAUCAUCGCCAUCUUCGUCUGCCUGGGUAACUCGGUGAUAGUGUUCACCCUGUACAAGAAGUCCUAUCUCCUGACGCUUAGUAACAAGUUUGUCUUCAGCCUGACCCUGUCAAACUUCUUGCUGUCUGUGCUGGUGUUACCCUUUGUGGCGACGAGCUCCAUCCGACGGGAAUGGAUAUUUGGGGUGGUCUGGUGCAACUUCUCUGCUCUCCUGUAUCUGCUGAUCAGCUCUGCCAGCAUGCUUACCCUGGGCGUCAUUGCUAUUGACCGCUACUAUGCUGUCCUUUAUCCCAUGGUGUACCCCAUGAAGAUCACUGGGAAUCGGGCUGUGCUUGCCCUUGUCUACAUCUGGCUCCACUCCCUCAUUGGCUGCCUGCCCCCCUUGUUCGGCUGGUCAUCUGUGGAGUUUGAUGAGUUCAAAUGGAUGUGUGUAGCUGCCUGGCACCGGGAGGUUGGGUACACGGCCUUUUGGCAAAUCUGGUGUGCCCUGUUGCCCUUUGUGGUCAUGGUGGUUUGCUAUGGCUUCAUCUUCCGUGUAGCCAGGGUGAAGGCCCGCAAGGUUCACUGUGGUACAGUGGUCAUCGUGGAAGAGGAUGCCCAAAGAAAUGGGAGGAAAAACUCUAACACCUCCACCUCCUCCUCAGGCAGUAGGAGGAACGCUUUCCAAGGCGUGGUCUAUUCUGCCAACCAGUGCAAAGCACUCAUCACCAUCUUGGUAGUGAUCGGUGCAUUCGUUGUCACAUGGGGCCCCUAUAUGGUCGUCAUCACUUCUGAGGCCCUCUGGGGGAAGAACAGUGUCUCUCCUGCUUUGGAGACCUUAGCCACAUGGUUGUCCUUCACCAGUGCCAUCUGCCACCCUCUCAUCUAUGGACUUUGGAACAAGACAGUGCGCAAAGAAUUAUUAGGCAUGUGCUUUGGAGACCGGUAUUACCGAGAGCCAUUUGUUCAACGGCCAAGAACUUCCAGGCUGUUCAGCAUCUCCAACAGGAUUACAGACCUGGGACUGUCUCCACACCUUACCGCCCUCAUGGCAGGGGGGCAGCCGCUGGGUCACAGUAGCAGCACCGGGGACACUGGCUUCAGCUGCUCUCAGGAUUCAGGGACUGAUGUGAUGCUGCUUGAAGAUUACAGUUCUGACGACAAUCCUCCUUCAAGAUGCACUUGCCCUCCCAAGAGACGGAGCUCAGUGACGUUUGAAGAUGAAGUAGAACAAAUGAAAGAAGCAGCCAAAACCUCUAUUCUCCACGUGAAGGCUGAAGUACACAAGUCCCUGGACAGCUAUGCAGCCAGCUUGGCCAGAGCCAUCGAAGCGGAUGCCAAGAUUAGCUUGUUUGGGGAGGAGGCUCUGCCCGGAGUAUUGCUGGCGACUCGCACUGUGCCAGGGGGAAAUUUUGGGGGCCGCCGAGGCAGUAGGACUCACACAAGCCAGAGGCUGCAGCUGCAGAGCAUUGAGGAAGGGAACAUUUAGCUUUGGGGCCAUCAGUGAGGGACCAGAGACACCACUCAGGGGCAGAGGCUAGAGAUGCCAUUCCAUGUGAUGCCAAGAAAGCAAGUCCCUUCUCCAAGGAAGCUGUAGCCCUGGCUUGGCACAGCUUGGUUUUGAAGGGACUAUGUGGAAAGUGGGGGGGAAUCAGCUGAUAUACAAGCACCAAAAAAAGAGGGAAAAAAAGGAA